AUGGAGAACGAGAGCGUAGAGACUGACAUUUUGCUCAUCGAGGGGUUAAAUGUGACCCCCCAGAGCUCCAUCCCGGCCUUCAUCCUCCUCCUCAUCAUCUACGUCUUCAUCAUGCUGUCCAACAUCAGCCUGGUGGUCCUGAUCAGCGUGGAGAGGAGCCUCCACCAGCCCAUGUACCUGCUCUUCUGCAGCAUGGGCAUCAACGACGCCUUCGGCGCCUCCGCCAUUCUCCCCCACCUGCUCAGCAACCUCUUCACACCCAGCUCAGAGCGCACCAUUCAUUACGCCGCCUGCGCCGUUCAGGCUUUUUGUGGCCACUUGCACGCCGCCGUCGCCCACUCCGUCCUCAUGGUCAUGGCGUUUGACCGCUAUGUGGCCGUCUGUAGGCCUCUGCAGUACUCGUCCAUCAUGAGCACCAGAAUGGUGGUGAAUCUGUCGGCGUCGGCUUGGGGGGUCUCUGUGGUCAUCGUCCUGACCCUGGUGAGCCUCAGUGUCCGCCUGUCUCGCUGCAGGAGGGUAGUUUUCAACCCGUUCUGUGACAACCCCUGCCUCUUUAAGCUGUCCUGCCAAGACAUCACCAUCAACAACUUGUAUGGCCUGGCAUCCACCGCCGUGAUGCUGACCGCCUCGCUCGGCAGCGUGACGCUCACCUACCUGAAGAUUGUUGUGGUCUGCCUGAGCAGCCAGAGGAAGACGCUGAACAGCCGGGCGCUCCAGACCUGCGCCACACACCUCACUCUGUACGUCAUCAUGAUGGUGUCGGGCAUGGUCAUCGUCACCCUGCAUCGCUUUCCUGAGCUGUCAGAGAUCAGGAAGCUGUCCUCCAUCAUGUUCCAUGUCAUUCCUCCUGCCUUGAACCCCACCAUCUACGGACUCCAGAUUAAAGCCGUCCAGCAGAAAAUCACCGCUAUCUUCACCAGGAAUCAUGAUCAAAUGUGA